AUGAGCGGCGCCGCCGCAGCCCCCAGUGAGAGGCCUAUCGAAGCACGCCAAGCAAACACUAUCACGGUCGACCUCUCCCAGACGUACCAGCGCAUGGAUGGAUUCGGCUUCAGCCUGGCGUUCCAGCGGGCGAACUUGAUCACCAACAUGUCGGACAAGACCAAGCAGCGAGAGCUGCUCGACCUGCUCUUCAACCGGACGACGGGGGCCGGCUUCAGCAUCCUGCGGAAUGGCAUUGGGUCGUCGCCCAACAGCAACUCGGACUUCAUGAACACCAUCGCGCCCAACAACCCGGGGAGCCCCAACGCGGAGCCCCAGUACAUGUGGGACGGCAAGGACAGCGGGCAGCUGUGGGUGUCGCAGCAGGCAGUGAACUUGUAUGGGGUCAAGAAUAUCUACGCCGACGCCUGGAGCGCUCCGGGGUACAUGAAGACCAACGGGCGCGACACCAACGGCGGCACCCUCUGCGGGGUGCCGGGAGCGCAGUGUGCGUCCGGCGACUGGCGGCAGGCGUACGCCAACUAUCUGGUGGCCUACAUUGGCUUCUACGCGGAGGAAGGCGUUAACAUCACGCACCUGGGGUUCCUCAACGAGCCGGACUACAGCGCCAGCUACGCGUCAAUGCAAUCCAACGGCAACCAGGCGGCCGACUUCAUCAAGAUCCUGCACCCAACACUCGAGGCCGUAGGGCUUGGGGACCGGGUACGGAUCGUGUGCUGCGACUCAAUGGGCUGGAACAACCAGGUGAGCAUGGUCUCGCAGAUCCGGUCGGCCGGCGCCGAGGACCUGCUGGGGACCGUGACCUCGCACACGUAUUCGGGGGGCCCGGGCGGGCCGAUGAGCUCGCGGGCUCCCGUCUGGCUGUCGGAGCAGUGCGACCUCAACGGGGCCUGGACCACGGCCUGGUACUCGUACGGCGGCGCGGGCGAGGGGCUGACGUGGGCCAGUAACAUCUACAACGCGGUCGUCAACGCCAACAUCUCGGGCUACCUGUACUGGGAGGGUGUCCAGUGGCCUAACCCAAACACCAAUGAGAAGCUCAUCCGCGUGGACAACACGACCAACACGUACGAAGUGUCGAGCAGGCUGUGGGCUUUUGCCAACUGGUCACGCUACGUGCGGCCCGGGGCUGUGCGGGUGGGGGUCAGCGGCGGGGGGAAUGGACUGCGCACGGCGGCCUUCAGAAACGAAGACGGCACGAUUGCGGUCAUUGCCAUCAGCUCGGGGGGGUCGGCGGCGAACGUGAGCAUCAAGAUCUCUGGAGGCCCCGGCGCAGCCGCGGUGCAGGCGUUUGUGUCUGACAACACGAGAAAAUGCGAGUCUACGCCGGCGACGGUGGCAGGUGAUGGAACCAUCUCAGGGUCAGUCGCAGCCAGAUCAAUCACGACCUUCUUUAUCUUGCCGGAGAGCUCCUGA